AUGGUGGGGUCUCCUUCUGGACCUCAGUUCCUCCAGGGAUCAAGCAAAGACAAUAAACUGGAAACAGAAGGAAGUCUGAUGGUUUUUACUGAUUUCUUUCAUUUGACCUCUUUGUUUCCCUUUUUAGGCCAUGAACCUGGACUUGUGCAGCUGGUGAAUUACUACAGGGGAGCAGACAAGCUGUGCCGCAAAGCAUCUCUGGUGAAGCUUAUCAAGACAAGCCCUGAACUAUCAGAGUCCUGCACGUGGUUCCCUGAGUCAUAUGUGAUUUACCCAACAAACUUGAAGACUCCGGUGGCUCCAGCACAGAAUGGAAUUCGCCAUCUCAUAAACAACACAAGGACAGAUGAGCGGGAAGUCUUCUUGGCAGCUUACAACAGGCGGCGGGAAGACAAAGAAGGCAACGUGUGGAUCGCCAAGUCCUCAGCCGGUGCCAAAGGAGAAGGCAUCCUGAUUUCUUCAGAGGCUGCAGAACUCCUGGACUUCAUCGAUGAGCAGGGACAAGUACACGUGAUUCAGAAAUACCUGGAGAAGCCUCUCCUUUUAGAGCCAGGGCAUCGCAAGUUUGACAUCAGGAGCUGGGUUCUCGUGGAUCAUCAAUAUAAUAUCUACCUCUACAGAGAGGGUGUCCUGCGGACUUCUUCUGAACCAUAUAACAGUGCUAAUUUCCAGGACAAAACCUGCCACUUGACCAAUCACUGCAUUCAGAAGGAAUAUUCCAAAAACUAUGGGCGGUAUGAGGAAGGGAAUGAAAUGUUCUUCGAGGAGUUCAACCAGUAUCUGAUGGAUGCCCUGAAUACAACGCUUGAGAAUAGCAUCUUACUGCAAAUCAAACACAUAAUAAGAAGCUGCCUUAUGUGUAUAGAGCCUGCAAUCAGCACGAAGCAUCUUCACUACCAGAGCUUCCAGCUCUUCGGCUUUGACUUCAUGGUGGAUGAGGAGCUGAAGGUCUGGCUGAUAGAAGUCAAUGGGGCCCCAGCAUGUGCCCAGAAGCUGUAUGCAGAGCUCUGCCAAGGAAUUGUUGAUGUAGCUAUCUCUAGUGUUUUCCCCCUCAACGACACUGGGCAGAAGACGAGCCAGCCAUCAUCAAUCUUUAUCAAGCUGUGAUGACAACAGGAAUGCCUCUGCUUUCCACAGGGAGAGACUGCACCCAUUGGGUCAGCACAGUUCAGUGGCUUAUCUCGGUAUCAUGCCAAAAAGUGAUAGAGACAGGCUUCUUAUUUUCUGGGAAAUCACGGGGAAAAACAACAAAACGGGCAUCCACGCAGCUGUGAUGAGCCAGAGCUGCUCAGGUAACUCUGCCAGCAUUCACCAAAAUCCACUUUAGAAACAGCUCAUGUGACUUUGAUAUCUGAAACAAAUCUCUCUGGGAGAACAACAAAAUAACCUUAAAAUGAAACCCCAACAGGGAUACUGUAAUACUGUAUUAACCCCUCCUUUUCUAUAGAGAUAACAUCGGGUUUUUUAAGGGAAUUGAGUGAAGAGUACGAUGAUCUUCUGGGACAUCGUGGCUGGGAAGUUGUCCUCCUCCUGCUGUGUUUCUUCUUUCCUCACCUACUGCAUCAUUAGUGCCUUAGCUCAGCUCCAAAUAGGUGACUCUUUUCCUUUGUUCCUGCUCUAUUACGUAGAAAGGAGCAAGCUCUCUUGCAUCGCAGGAUGCCUAAAGUCAGGAACACCAAGAAUUCAGUUUACUUACGUCAUUUUCCAAGCUGGUUGGCUGAACACCCAGGCAACAGCUGGCAAAAGGUUGCUGAACUGCAGGCGGUGAAUUAACCCAAGCAAGGAAGGGAGUUUUGUUUAUUUAUAGCUAUCCCUUUUCCUAAUGAGAUUUGAAUCAUUGUCCAUCCCAGUCUGAUGCAGUUGUUUAAAAGAGGUAGAGACACCCUCUUGGUGCUCACCAGCAGGCUGUAGGAUUUUUAGCAUCACAUUUGUGCUCAGUGUUUGAAAUAGUGGAAACCCAGUCUCCGCAGUUUCUUUUGAGACACUGCAGUGAAUUUAGGUUCUCCUCAGCUUUCACCUUCACGCAUUUGAGGCCUGAAUCUGAAACCUUUUAACGGAAAUAAUUUUUUUCCCAUUUGGUCCCACCAAUCUUAUUCUCCUCCAUUUGACAAAUACUGCAAUUUUCUGCCCUGAACACAAUCCCAGCUAGGGGGAAGGUUGGUGAGGUUUUAUAGACCAGGAGAAAGAUUCCUUGUGUAUAGAUUUUUCCAAACAGCUGGCAAGGCAAGGUGUUUUGGGGAGCAGGGGAGGUUAAAUUCCUUGAGGUCCCUGAAUUCCAGAGCUAACAUCUACUUUGAGUAUAACCUAAAUCCCUGGUUUACUGCCCACACUAUGAAGUGUGUCUGAAUUUUCAAUGUGAGCUCAGCACAUCCUUCCUCAGCUAGAGCUCUUUGCAGAGCACAGUGGUACUUGUAACAGCAGCAGGGUUUGUGGGGGAUGUUCGGGGUUGUGUUCUGCUGCCUCUGGCAGGGAGACAUGGUUGGCACCAAAAUAAACUGGUUCCUCUCACCCAGAACAAACAAACAAGAAGAUAUUGUGGAGGUUACAAGCUUCUGGCUGCCUGUGGUUAAUGGGAAGUGAAUCAAGCAAGGGGAUUUCUGCCUCCCUGAGAAGAUCCUGGUGCUUUGGUAUACUCAUCUUUGCUCAUGACAGAGAUUUCAGAGGUCUUCGUGCCAGCAGAUGAUCCUGGCACCAUUUUGUAGUCAGGACUGAAGUGACCAGGCCUCCUUGGAGUGAUACAUUUUGAUCAUGCUGUCAUGGGAUGGAAAUUUGUUGCAACAUGCUGCCAAUCCACCAGUAGCACCAUUUCUCACAGGGCCACUCAAAAAUCCAGGAGGGAACGGAGUGCUUCGCAAAACCUCGCAGAAGCGUCAGAGAGAGGGUGCAUCCCAAAGAGCCGCACAAGCACCUCUGAGGUUGUCAACACCCUGAAGCACGGUGUUCAUCCGCAUCGUCACACAGGGAGUGUGACAAACACAGGGUACACUGGUGGAUGCUGAGAAUUGACAGGCAGCAGGAGCUGUUUAAAAACGGGGCUGCAUCUUUGUUCCCCUGCACUGCAAGUGCUGGUGGGUGGCUUCACUUCCAGCGAGACCCUGAGUGCCAGGUCUGGUCUCUGGAUUUGGGCCUCAUGGGUGUUCAGAAGAAGGACUCUGAAUGCAUCAGUUCGUGAGAUGGGAAGCACUGGGUGAUAAGCUGGGAGAGGGGUAUGGAGAGAGGACUGGUUGGGUUUUCUAACCUUAUGAUAGCACGUAAGUGUCAAAAUUCCACUGCAGGCCAGGUAAAGUGUUGUGGUAACACUCCAAGGUAAAAUUUAGGCUGUAGUGGUUGUUACUCAACUUGUAAACUUCACCACAUCUCCAUGGGCAUUUUCGUGUGAGCUCAAGGGAGCUUAAAAAUUACACCUUUUUGCCUAGCAAAGGGAAGAUCUGCUCUGGUCCAGGUUGUGCCUGAGGUGAAAGAGAUGUUGGGGUUUUGCAAGCUCUAGUGCAGAUGAGAGCAGAGCAUGAAGCGAGAAGAGAAAAUUUUCCCCAUUAUCAUGAAGUGAAAAAUGAUUAUUUUCUGGGGUGCUAGACCCAUCCUUCUUUUCCCCUCAAAAGGGAAAUUAGAAAACCGAAUCACUCCCUUACUGCACAGUAACACAAGAUUUCCAACAUAGUGGGAUAAGGGCAAGAAAGCUGCCUGGAUGCAGGCAAAAGCAGCAGGACCAGCUAGUAAAGCCAGGAGGAGUGGUGACUCAGGAGCCUCUGCUUAACUCCAAGGCCUUUUUCUAACCCCUUUUUCACCUCGGAUUGCAUUGUGGCAGGUCAGCAGCUGGCUGGUUUUGCUGCUCAGCAAGUGGGACUUCAACUUGGUGAUAGAGCCACAACCACAGGCAGUGCAGCUGUUCAUACCCUGCCUUUUCAGCUGGGCUUGGGGAAGAUGGUGAUUCAGGGAUGCUUUAAUAGUUGGUUUGUUUGCUGAAUUUUUCAGAAAUAAGCAGCAGCCUUUGGAGGAAAACAGCAGGUAUCACGUGUAUUUACCACCUGCUUUCAAAGUGCUCCCCAAGGUAAAGCACAGGAGGUAAGUGAUACAGGAUAGAGAUCACAGUGCCUAAGGUCUUGCCCAAAAUACUAGCUACAAGGUGGAGUAGAGGAUGCAUGUAUGACUGAGGCCUGAGCAUUGCAGACACGGGUGCACCGUGCAAGUGAUGCUCACAAGCCCUUGUGAGACUUGUUUGUUUCUUUUUUUCUAGGAAUACACAACAAUAAAUGUUUUCUAGAUUAUUUCAGCUAAAAGGUCAGUAGAAAAGGUCUUAACUCUUUCCUGAGCUUUCACAAAGGAUGGUGCUGGGUUUCCAGAAGAUGCCUACCAUAUUGCAAAAUGUCUCCAGUCUUAGUUGUAUCCCGUCAUGUCAGCCAAGAAGGACUUCAGGCCCAGGUGCUCUGGCAGUGUUUUCCAGCAGUGUUUGGUCCCGCUGGACUCUGGGUUUCCAGUAACUCCCAUGUGGCUUGUCUCAUACCAAGUUAGUCAUGAUUACCAUGCAACAGCUAUUGUACUACUGCCAAAAUCUGGUGGCUGGCCACAGCCCACAGAAAACACUGGAGAAGUCUAAGAAAGGCUUAAAAGCCGAUUCAUCCAGGUAGCCUGGCCUCCCAGUCCUGCUGUGACCAGGCACCCCUCAGGACUGCUUGCAUGUCCCUGCUCCAAGCAUUUCUUGUUCUCCACGUGCAGCACUCCCUCGGGAGAGCAAUGCUGUGCCAUAUGUAGGUUCAUAAUCAUGUCUCAUUGACAGUGUCUGCUAUGGCAGCCCUCAGAAAACCCUGGUGUUGAGACAGUGGUGGGGUACAUACUGCGCUGCCAAGCUGGCAGCCUGCCAGGCUCUGGUUUGUGUCCCCAGCUGCUCUCACGUCAGCAUGUGCGUGUGGGGCCGGCGGGUGCCCGAGCUCGUAGAUCUCCAGUGACUCUAUCCACAUCUCUCCUAAACCAUCAUUAAAUCGUGCAAACCCCA